GUAAAGCUACACAAUAUAGCUUAAUGAAUUGAUAUAUGAUUGGCCAAAUUAGUGCUUCAUUGAUCACAAUAUUCCCUGGAAGAAACCAGAGAAAAUGGUCAUGAGAAUGUUUGAGUGUAUAUUCUUUGCAUUUCUAGCUGCUUUUGCGUUUGUUCUUCUGCAGGUUCAGGCUCAGGAACCAGGAUUUAUCAGCAUAGAUUGUGGAGCAGCUUCAAACUACACUGAUUCACAAACUGGCCUUUAUUAUGUUUCUGAUGCAAGCUUCAUAGAAACUGGGAUAACCAACAGUGUGGCUGUAACAUAUCAAUUAGAUAGUCUUCAACAACCGCUAUGGACUCUCAGAAGUUUUCCUGAAGGAUCCAAAAACUGUUACCAUGUAAAAGUUACCAAACAAAGUAGAUACUUGAUCAGAGCGAACUUCUUUUAUGGAAAUUUUGAUGACAAAACUACAACACCACAGUCAUUUGAUUUGUACCUGGGGCCGAGAUCUGUGGGAUUCUGUUGUUCUUGGCAAGUUCCACCAUCCUGUUUAAGGAAAUCAUACAUGUUUCUCCAUCGAAUUUAUUGAUGUCUGUCUGGUGAAUACAGUUCAGGACACCAUUGAUUCAUCUUAGAAUUCAGCCCCUGAAAAAUAACACUUAUGUACACAGAAUCUGGGUCGCUUGUAAUCGUUGCAAGAUGAACUUUCAACCAAUUACAACUGGAAUA